AUGGCGGCUGCUCCUUCUCCUCCUCUUGAACAAGAUUAUCCCUUGGCUCAGCUCACAGGCGGAAUUGCUGAUUUGACUGUUUUUGCUGAUUAUGGGCUGAAUGUAGACAUGCUGAAUACAACCAAAGUCCUUUAUGACCUUGUUGUGGCUGCUACAAAGAACAAAGGUAGAGGCAGCCAAGGCCAGUUUCCACUUACACAGAAUGUCACUGUUGUUGAAGGGGGAACAGCAAAUUUGACCUGCAGGGUCGAUCAAAAUGAUAACACCUCCCUCCAGUGGUCAAAUCCAGCUCAACAGACGCUGUACUUUGAUGACAAGAAAGCUCUGAGGGACAACAGAAUUGAGCUGGUUCGAGCUUCGUGGCAUGAACUGAGUAUCAGUGUCAGCGAUGUGUCUCUGUCGGAUGAAGGGCAGUACACCUGCUCUUUAUUUACUAUGCCUGUCAAAACUUCCAAGGCUUUUCUUACCGUUCUUGGUGUUCCUGAGAAACCACAAAUUACUGGAUUUACUUCACCAGUUAUGGAGGGAGAGAGGAUGCAGCUGACAUGCAAGACUUCUGGUAGUAAACCAGCAGCUGAUAUCAGAUGGUUCAAGAACGACAAAGAAGUUAAAGAUGUUAAAUAUUUAAAAGAAGAAGAUGCAAAUCGUAAAACAUUCACAGUCAGCAGCACGCUGGAUUUCCUAGCAGAUCGCAAUGAUGAUGGUGCAGUUGUAAGUUGCAGAGUAGACCAUGAGUCCCUAAACUCUACACCUCAGAUAGCAAUGCAGGUUCUAGAAAUACACUAUACACCUUUAGUUAAAAUCAUUUCUUCCAAUUCAUGGCCUGAAGAAGGACAAUCUAUAAUUUUGACUUGCGAAUCCAAAGGAAAACCAGUGCCAGAACCAGUAUUGUGGACAAAAGAUGGUGGAGAGCUACCAGAUCCAGAAAGAAUGGUUGUCAAUGGCAGGGUCUUAAGCAUCAGUUUUCUUAACAAAACGGACAAUGGCACGUACCGAUGCGAAGCAAAAAAUCCUAUUGGCCGAAAUAGCACAGAAUAUGUCCUGAUAGUACAUGAUGUUUUCAACACUUUGCUUCCCACUACUGUCAUCCCCUCCCUUACCACUGCAACAGUCACAACCACUGUAGCCUUAACAACCAGCACAACCACAUCGGCAACAGCCAUCAGCACCAGAGAUCCUAACGGUUUGGCUGGAAAGACCGUACCUGAUCACGCUGUUAUAGGAGGAAUAGUGGCUGUAGUUGUCUUUGUAACACUAUGUUCUAUAAUUCUGCUUGGUCGAUACCUGGCAAGACAUAAAGGAACAUAUUUAACAAAUGAAGCGAAAGGAGCUGAAGAUGCACCUGAUGCCGACACAGCCAUUAUCAAUGCAGAAGGCAGCCAAGUCAAUGCAGAGGAGAAAAAGGAGUAUUUCAUUUAGAUGCAGAGCUAGAAUCUUGGAGUUUUACUUAUCAGGCUGACUGCUGGAGAAAACUGGCUACCAUUUUUCAGAAUUCAUUUCUGCCAUCUUCUGCUAUCUAUCUUUAUUAACUUGCAUACCUGCUAUAAGUAGCCAGUUUAUGCCAACAAUCAGCUGUUGACAAUAUCAUUCUAUAAUUACAGUAUUAUACAUGAAGCAGGACAUUUCUUAUUGCCUAAAUUCAUAUCCACUGCUCUCUUAACAUACAGUGCUUGAAUAUACAGCCUUAAUGAUAUUAAUCAUCAUCGUCAUCCAAAUUUUCUACAUUUUUAAGUGUUAUGCAGCUUUUUUCCUUUCCAGUUUUCUUUUAUCAUGCUCCCUAUCAGUAUGUCAUAGAGUAUUCGUAAGAAAUACUAUUAGAUAAGGACCUAAUUUACUUACAUAAAAAGAUAAAUCUAAGAUUAGAGGUUUACAAAGAAUGUUUUAUACAUGUCUAUAAUUCAAAAAGCAUCUUGUUUUUGAGACAUACGCCCUAGGAAACACAGACUGAAAGCUUUUUAGUAUAGUUUCUUGUAUGCUUGGAUGUUUUAGAAAAGAAGUAUCAGUCCAGGAUUUUUUUAUUUUCUUUGCUUUGUUUUGUUAUGUUUUAAAUGGUACCUUGACAACAGUGCCAUGUUUCAGUGGUAAAAACAUCAUACUGAAUAGCUAUACGGAUUCUGCAAAGUUAGAUAGUAGUGCUUCAUUUGAAAUAAAUUUGUCCUACCCUUUAUUGCUUUUUUGGGAUUGCAAAGAUUAGAAGUCUUUUUGAGUAAUUUCUGUUUUUAUAAUUUAUUUGCUUCACAUGGACUCACCUGUCUACUCAAAUUUGAAGUGUUCAUGGGGCACAACUGCAAGGCGUUUUAGUAUCUGUAUAUAGUGCAUAUAAUAAAUUCAAUUAAACAUUAUUUGAUACAUAUUUAACUUUUGGGGCAGUAGCUAAGUCAACCACAAGUGAGCAUUUUCUAAUGUCCAUUAUAUCCCUUUAGAUAUGACUCAAAUCAAUAUUCUGAGUAGAUAACAUGUAUUAGUAUUUUUUUUGUCUGUAUGUCCUAGCACUGUUCAGCAGCAAACUUUUCUAGUUCUUGUUAAUUUUUUCUUUGUUAUACAAUGGAAGCACAAUGUUCUAUGGAAGGUAGUUUUAAGCUAACAACCAGUGCACAGCCUCAGGUUUUAAAUUACAACCACAUUUGAUUACUAUCCUUAAAAAAUAUUUUUAAGUUGCUAAAAUUCUCAGUUUUUAAUUUGGCAGUUCCAGAGCUGCUUCUCUAUGUUGGUUUGCCAAAAAAAAAGGAAAAAAAAAAAAAGAGAAAAAAAUAGAAGUGUUAAAACAAAAAAAAUAUAUGUUUUGUGUAUACAGUAAAUGGACUAAUUCUUUAUAUUAAAUUCCUGUCUAUGCAUUUUGUGAGGUACAAACUUAUGUCACCGUGAACGAUAGAGAAUUCCUGCCAUGCUUUUAGCUCCACAGUGAAAGUCUGUUUGGAUUAUUUCUGAAUUUUUUUGUGUAAUUGACAGCUGAAAAAAUCACAUGCUCUUAACAAAACACAACAAAACACUGUAAGCCCAUUGGCUUACUUCCUCUUCCAAUGAAAUAAAAAAGUUACCAUAUCAGCUCUUGGUAAUGAUUCUACACUGGAGGAUGCAAAUUAGUCUGGUUGGAGUUUGCCUCCUCCUAAGUUUUGCACCUUUGACAAAAGAGUAUUUCUCUCUGGUUGCUAUACAUGUGAAGCCUAAAAGCAUGAUGGCCUAUUAUAAAGGACUUUCUCCUGGGAUUUUAUUUUUGUGUGGGGAAGGGAGAGUUUGGAAUAUGACAUCAUGUACUAUGGCAAAAUGGAAGAUAAAGGUGCUGUGUCAGAUUAUUUAUCAGAAGAGUAUAAACCUUUUAAGGACAAUAUUAGAGUAUUUUAAUUGUUUUUGUUGAAACAUUUAUCAUGUUAAUUUCUAAGAAAAAAGGGUGACGUCAAUCAAAGCAGCACUUUUUUUCAAAAUAUACAGACAUAAAUAAUAUGAUGUGGUUGAGUGUUAACAUAAUAAAUCAUAUACAGUACGACAUUUUAAAGAAA